CAUACAGUACUUUAAUUUAAUAAUAAUUUUAAAAAUGAGAAGCCUCUAUUUUAUGUUUAAAUGUAAUAAAACUAUAUGAAUAUAUAAACAUCUCCUUGCUUAAAGUGGUAUCAUUUCUCGCCGUGUAUCCUCGACAUCUGCAUAAAAGCUCCAGUCUUACUGAGAAAUGUGCAUUAGGUGAACGAUGUUCAUUAUCGACAGUCUUAGUUUUUAUCGUCCAUUUUGGAUCUGCAUGCGAUUGCUGGUACCGACUUUCUUCAAGGAUUCCUCGCGUCCUGUCCAGCUGUACGUGGUGUUGCUGCACAUCCUGGUCACCUUGUGGUUUCCACUGCACCUGCUACUGCAUCUUCUGCUACUUCCAUCUACGGCUGACUUCUUCAAGAACCUGACCAUGUCUCUGACUUGUGUGGCCUGCAGUCUGAAGCACGUGGCCCACUUGUACCACUUGCCGCAGAUUGUGGAAAUCGAAUCACUGAUCGAGCAGUUAGACACAUUUAUUGCCAGCGAACAGGAGCAUCGCUACUAUCAGGAUCACGUGUAUUGUCAUGCUAGGCGCUUUACAAGAUGUCUCUAUAUCAGCUUUGGCAUGGUCUAUGCGGUUUUCCUGUUCGGCGUCUUCGUUCAGGUCAUUAGCGGAAAAUGGGAACUUCUCUAUCCAGCCUAUUUCCCAUUCGACUUGGAGAGCAAUCGCCUUCUGGGCGCAGUGGCCUUGGGCUAUCAGGUAUUCAGCAUGUUAGUUGAAGGCUUCCAGGCGCUGGGAAACGAUACCUACACCCCACUGACAUUAUGCCUUCUGGCCGGACAUAUCCAUUUGUGGUCCAUACGCAUGGGUCAACUGGGAUACUUUGAGGAGGAGGCGGCGACGAAUCAUCAGCGGUUGCUGGAGUACAUUGAGCAGCAUAAACUCUUGGUGCGAUUCCACAACCUGGUGAGCCGGACCAUCAGCGAAGUGCAACUGGUGCAGCUGGGCGGAUGUGGCGCCACUCUGUGCAUCAUUGUCUCCUACAUGCUCUUCUUUGUGGGCGACACCAUCUCGCUGGUCUACUACUUGGUUUUCUUCGGAGUGGUCUGCGUGCAGCUCUUUCCCAGCUGCUAUUUUGCCAGCGAAGUGGCCGAGGAGGUGGAACGGCUGCCAUAUGCGAUCUUCUCCAGCAGAUGGUACGAUCAAUCGAGGGACCAUCGAUUCGAUUUGCUUAUCUUUACACAAUUAACACUGGGAAACCGGGGAUGGGUCAUCAAGGCAGGAGGUCUCAUCGAGCUGAAUUUGAAUGCCUUUUUCGCCUUUUUGGCCCCGUCGCGAUACGCAAAUAAACAGUUUGCCACACGGAAAAUCUGAUGUUUCCAACGAACAACAAUGGCACAUUAAAGUUAAAUGAAUUGUUUACGUAUACACAAUUUCGAUUCUGAUUUCUGUUUGUAUAUUUUGUUGCUGUAAUCCUUGCAUAAAUCUCAAUG